CUCUCUUUACUGUCUCUCUCUCUCACUCUCUUGUCUCUACGAACUCUUGCCUUGUCCUAAAUCAAGAUUUUUUUCAAAGGCACAAAUGAGUUAUUUGGGGAUCGGAAUCAGUCCGGGAAACGUCGCCGUCUACCACGGAGGCAAGAUGAAGCUGAUUGACCAGAGACUUAGGCUAACGGAGGUUAUCUUACGCUGCUCCGUGAGUGUCCUCGCUCUCCUCGCACUUAUUCUGAUGGUUACAGAUACUCAGGUCAAGCGAAUUUUCGUAGUUGAGAAGAGGGCCAAGUACACCGACAUGAAGUCCCUUGUAUUCUUGGUUGUCGCCAAUGGGAUAGCUGCGGCUUAUUCUUCGUUACAAUCAGUUCGUUGCGUGGCGGGUUCGAUGAAAGGAAGUGUUUUGUUCAGCAAGCCACUUGCUUGGGCCAUUUUCUCCGUUGAUCAGGCGAUGGCUUACAUGAGUGUUGCGGCUAUAGCAGCCGCAUCAGAGUCUGGUGUGACUGGAAUAAGAGGUGAGGAAAAGCUGCAGUGGAUUAAAGUGUGUAAUAUGUAUGCCAAGUUCUGCAACCAAGGAGCUGGAGUGGUUGCUAGCGCCUCUCUUGCCUCCAUUGCUAUGGUGUUCGUCUCUUGCAUUUCCGCUUUUAGUCUCUUCCGCUUGUACGGUGCCACUCAGAGACGUCCAAACCCCGCCGUGGUGAAGUGAAAACGCACCCCUUAGUAUUCAUGAAAUGUUGUUAAGAAACAGAAACAGUGAAAUCUUCGUUGUGUGUUAAGUGAUGAUCUUAUCUUAUUCUAGGUGACGAAUUAUAUGUAAACUUGGACCUAGUUUGCUCCGUAUCAAUGUGUUAUAUAUCUAUUGUGAUCGAAAGAAAAAACGAACAAAACAGCUCCUAGUGUGUUCUCUGUUCUGUUCUCUACUACACC